UGAGUGCCGCAGUUAUCUAGGAAUCUGAGCCAAAGCAACCUCACUAACAGAGAGGAGCAGGAGAAAGAGGAGGACGAGCAGUGAGGGGGGAAAGGAAAGAAGAAGAGGAUGAGAGAAGUGCAGAGGGUAGAAGACAACGACAACAAUACAGAGAUCUAGACUUCAAGAAGAGGGCAGCAAAUACUUUCCACCCGAAGAGGCACUUAUUGGGAUUUAAAGACAAACGACAAAGUGACGCUUUGCAGAGGGUCUUUGCCGACAAAAGGUCAAACUAUUUACAGCUUGAGAGAAGGAAGCUGGACAACUGCUCAAGAGAUUGAAACAAAGUUUAGGAAAAGCCUGCAUUUCCCAUGAUUCCUUUUGGUUCUCUUGGUAUGCUGUCACUCUACGUGGGCGCCCUGCUGUCCUUAGAUGCAUCCCCGGCCUGCACACACCCUCCCUGCAGAGACAGUCUGGUGGCUGCACCCAUCCCACCUGGGACGGGAGCAGGAGUUGGCAGUGGGGCCUGUGAGGGUCAGACCGGGACAACAGCCUGUCGGGUGGGGGUUUCACUUCCAGCCGUUUCAGAGGCCCCUCAAAGGAUGGAGCACAGGCAUGACAUCCCCCAGGUUCAGCCUAAGACCGGAGGUGUCAAAGAACGUCUAGUUCAGCUGCAGCGCUGCAUGCACUCCAUCCAGGAAACAGGGGGGGCCUGGGGUCACGGGGGCCAAGAGAGCAACUCUCUAGGGGCCAUCCUGUCACUGAUGGCAGCUGUGCUGACGGAGUGUGACCUCCACUGUCACAGCCAGGCCCUUGGGGCGAUGGCCAAACGACUGGAAAGUGCAGCAGUGGGAAGAGAGGGGGAGAAAGACCUGCUGCUUUUCCUGAAGAGCAUCACACAACACCCGCCAACAGUCGCGCCCUUGGAGAGGUUACACCCUCAGGACUGUGCAGAGAUUUACAGGUUCGGCAUCAAAGACAACGGAAUCUACACCAUCCAGCCCGACCUGCACGGGCCAGCACUGGAGGCUAAAUGUGACAUGGAGACGGCGGGCGGUGGUUGGACGGUGAUCCAAAAUCGGCACGAUGGUUCGCUGAAUUUCAACAGGACAUGGCAGGAAUACCGGGAGGGCUUUGGAAGUCCACAGGGAGAGCACUGGCUGGGGAACGCGGCGCUACAUGCCCUCACCUCCUCUGGUCAACACCAACUCCGAAUUGAGCUGGAGGACUGGCAUCAACAGAGACGCCAGGCGACAUACAACAAUUUCAAAGUGGCCUCCGAGGCACAGAGGUAUCGCCUGACGGCACGUGAGUACUCCGGAGAUGCAGGCAAUGCCUUGAGCUACAGCAAACGUUACAACCACGACGGCAGAUCCUUCAGCACAGCUGACCGAGAUCAUGACCGCUAUGCAGCCGGAAACUGUGGUCAGUACUACGGCACUGGUUGGUGGUUUGAUGCGUGCCUGGCAGCCAACCUGAACGGACGAUAUUACCGUGGGCGCUACAGUGGGGUGACCAACGGCAUCUACUGGGGGACAUGGUACAUCCUGACAGACGGACGGACUGGAGAGCGCUACUCCUUCAAGAAGGUGGAGAUGAAAACAAGACCGAGGGCCAUUGUGGGGACGUCCUGAAGUUAACAACAUUGAACAUUGGCUGCACAGCAACCUGCUGUAGUGCUCACGCCAGUCACAGACGUUAGACGUUAGACGUUAGAGUUACUGUGUGGACAUCACUCUUUUUAGAGCAGCAUUCAUGUCACUUAUCAGUUACAUGCUAUUACAAUGGCAGCUAAUAGAUUUGAGAAAAAAAUAUACCACAAAUAAUGUUUAAGUAUUCACUAGCAGACUGUUUGUCUAAACACCAUACUAUACAUCAUAGUCCUGUUAAUUAUUAAGAAAAGAAAUAGAUAUUAAAAUUAAUGCUUGUUGUAGUAACUGUUGUUGUUGUUAUAAAUUUCUUUAUUGAACAUUGGAAAAUAACUGAUGUAAUCACUAGGAUGCAGUGAGACAUGUAUCUACAUAUUAAUAUAGUUUACAUAUAAAGGAUGGUUUUAUUGUAAUGCUGCACGUGCACAUGCAGGCACAAUAAAGAUGAAACAUUA